CUCUUAGUACUUCUGAAAAGUGGAAUUUCUGCUUUCUCUUACCCCUUGGUUUUGUAUAGAGAAAUGAGAAUAGGAAACCAAAAGUUAGUAUUUUACAUUUUUAUGGUUUGACAUAUGUUGCAUUUCUACUUCUACUCUGUUUUAUAUGAUUCUUGGUAUAUUCCUUAUCAUAAUUUUCUGUGCUAAAUGUGGUUGGUGCUGAGUGAGGAAUCUCAAAAGUCGACUCCUAAUGGUGUGGUGGUUAGGUUCCAUUUGUAUGCUUUGGGAAAUUUGGCAUAUCUUAACUGAAAUGUUGGCAUGGGUUUGAAAGUUACUAAAUGAGCUUAAAACUCCCUUUAUUGUUAUUUUUUUUACCAUGCUCCAAUGCUACUGCCCUUAAUUUAAUUUGUAAUUCUUCAGGUGUUUUGGUUUAUAUAUUUUCUAUUUUUUUAGUCAAUAUAUUAUUUAAAUUUAUCACAUUAGUUUCUGUUUGGGGAAGCUUAAUUGUGUUGCAGAUUUGUUGUAUUUUUUUGGUUAUUGAGAUCUUUUGUAAAGUUUAGGGCUUUUAUGUAAAUGUCUUAAAUAGUUGUAUCCUAUAAAUACUCUAGGAUCCAAAUGAUUUUAUGCGUGGAGAAUCAAUUAAAACUUCUGUGUAAAUUUGUGAAAUUUUAGCUUUUUCUCAUCGUAUCAGAGCACAUGUGACCUGCGUCAGAAAAAGUUCUUGGGCUUUUCUUGUUUUUGGGCCCUGCACAAAUGUUUCUCCACAAAAUAGAUUUCACAUGCCUUUCUUGAGAUCCUCAUCAUUGCCAUGGAUCCUUCGUUUUUCCUUGGUUCUUCAGCGUCUUCAUCUUCUGUAACUCAAAAAUCAGAUCAAGAAUUGUCUCAUUCUCCGAUCUUUCUCCUUUCGCACAUCUGUACCUUAGUGUCCGUGCGUCUUGAUUCAUCCAAUUAUGUUCUUUGGCGUUUCCAAAUCACGCCGAUUCUGAAAGCUCACUCUCUUUUUGGCUUCAUAGAUGGAUCAUUUCCUUGUCCAGAACGGUCUCUCAAAGAAGACGAUAAAAUCGUUCCAAAUCCGAAAUUUAUUCUUUGGAACGCUCAAGAUCAUGCGUUAAUGACGCUUAUCAAUGCUACCUUAUCACAAAAGGCAUUAUCCCUUGUCGUUGGAUGUACGACUUCUCAACAAGUUUGGAAGUCACUAGAGCGGCGCUAUUCUUCUUCAACCAGAGCUUGUAUAAUCGACCUCAAAUCUGAUUUACGGUGAAUUUCAAAGAAGAGCGCAGAAUCAAUUGAUGAUUAUAUCCAGAGAAUUAAAGGUAUUCAAGACAAACUUGCUGCAGUUUGUGUUCAUUUGGAAGAUGAGGAUGUCAUGAUCUACACAUUGAAUGGUCUCUCUUCUACUACAAUGCCUUUCGAACUAGUUUACGGACGCGAUCUUCCUCCAUCUCUCUCGAAGAAUUACAUGUUCUGUUGAAAGCUUAAGAAUCAGCCAUUAUUGCUCAAAACAACUCACAGGAUCCUUUCUCUCAACAAAUUGCUCUUAUUGCUCAAUCUCGUGCAUUUUCUUCCAAUAACAGAGGGAGAGGUGGUCGACUUUUUAGUCGCCACCAUAGUGGCAAAAAUUCAUCUCCUGGAUGUGGACAUUUGUCUUCUGGUCGUGGUCAUUCGGGAAGUUCUGGUUCUUCUUUUGGAAAUUCAUCCGAUACUCUCCACUAUUCAAAUAAGACUUCUGGCUUUCAAUCUACUGGUUUUGGUGAUUUUUCUUCUAACAAGGUAGUGUGUCAAAUAUGUAAAAAAUUUGGACACAAUGCUUUGGACUGUUACAACCAGAUGAAUUAUUCGUUUCAAGGUCACCAUCCACCUCCUCAGUUAACUGCAAUGGUAGCCUCUUCUAACUCUGUUUGGCUUACAGAUAGUGGAUGUAGCACACACUUAACACCAGAUUUAGCCAAUUUAACUAUCUCUAAUGACUACAAUGGGGGAAGAAGGUAUCACAGUAGGCAAUGGUCAAAAUCUCACGGUUUCUCACUCUGGUUCAGAAAAUCCAACAUAGUUCUUUUCAAGGGACCGUGUCUAAAUGGUCUCUAUCCUAUUACUGCUACGUUGGAUGCAAGAAAAGGAUUUGUUGCACAUCUAGUCGCUAAGGUGUCUCACCUUCUGUGGCAUAAUCGUCUUGGGCAUCCUAGCGCGUCUUCUUGGAGCAAAUGUACAGUCCGGGUCGGCAUCUUUCAUUUCCCAUUGUUCAAGCUACUUGCCAUGGCGAUAAUCUUCCCCGAUUCUCAAAAUACAUCUACAAUAUCCGCUCAGGACCCUUUGUUGCCUUGGCUCUGGUCCAUCAAGGAUGCUCUUGAAAAUUCGACAUCAGGCAAUGCUUCUGGGCCAGAUCUCGCCAAGCUUCUCUCUGAUUGCAUUAAAAAUUUCGGCGGCAAUGUCAAGUACAAAAACGACAUCAGAUUUCUCAAGAUUUGGUUUCUCUCUAUUGGUUUAAGGGAGGAUUUUGAAACCGGCUUCAAAGAAUUGUUGGAGCAGGAGAUAUGCAUUGGCAAUUCUUUGCUUUAUAUUUGGUAUGCAGCGUUCCUUGAAUCCAAGGGGAAGUUACAUGACGCUAACAUGGUUUAUGAGCUUGGCUUGCUGAGGAACGCUGAACCCUUUGAGUGGCUGAAGAAGGCAAAAACAUUGUUUAUUGACAGGAUGUCCGAGUUAGUCAGUAUUCACUCAACGCAAGUGAAUGAUGGUGGCGAGUCCAAUAAAUUUGCAGAAACCUACGUUAAUCCUUGGUCUCCUUCCAUAAUGAAAGAUCUAUUAAGCAAGAUAAAUCCAAAGAUUUUGAAGUAUGAGGGUUACCAUUCAAGCAGUAAAGCUUACUCUAGAAAGAUGGCUCUGAAUUCGUUGCGGAAUUCAUCAAGGAAUAAGACUAUUGAGAUUGGUGGCAAGAGGUACGAGAUCAAAGGUUGUGCAGGUACAGGUGGUUUUGCUCAAGUAUAUAAAGCAUAUGUUGACGGUAACCCAGAAGAUGUAGUAGCCCUAAAGAUUCAAACACCUCCUUUUCCUUGGGAGUUCUAUAUGUAUCGUCAACUUGAUCAACAUGUCACCAUGAAGGAAAGGUCAAGUUUUGGUUGUGCUCAUGCGAUGUAUCACUAUUCCGACUACAGCAUACUUAUUUGUGACUACUUGGCUCAUGGCACAUUACAGGAUGCCAUAAAUUUAUAUGUAGUCCUUGGGAAGACUAUGGAAGAAGUUUUAUGUAUUUAUUACACCAUAGAGAUGCUCUACAUGCUUGAAACUUUGCAUGGCUUUGGCAUUAUCCAUGGUGAUUUCAAACCUGACAAUCUACUUAUUCGUUAUGCAAGAGACAACCUAACAGAAGAUGGAUUUCGGGAACGUAGUGGUCCUUGGCAAGAUCAGGGGCUUUGCCUAGUUGAUUGGGGAAGAGGUAUAGAUCUACACCUCUUUCCUGAAAAUGUAGAAUUUAAAGGAGACUGCCGAACUUCUGGCUUUCGCUGUACAGAAAUGCUAGAGAAUAAACCCUGGAAAUAUCAGGUAGACAUAUAUGGCCUCUGUGUAGUCGUCCACACUAUGCUUCAUGGUUCCUACAUGGACGUUGAUAAGAAAGCAUCAUCUAAUGGUGGCUUUAUUUAUCUACCCAAAACAUCUUUUAAGCGGUAUUGGAACAUUGAACUGUGGAAGAAUCUCUUCACAAAGUUGCUUAAUAUCACGCCAGGUGAUUACAACCAGAAGUUGUUGCAGAGUAUAAGGGUAUCUUUCCAGGAUUACAUGUGCUCCAACCCUCACCUUAUAAGGAAGUUAAAGGAAUUACUUGUAAAACAAAGAGCUUCCUUGUGUACUGCUUAAUCAAGAACACC